AUGUUUUUGAGUCACAGCCAAAAUAACCAAAACUUCCGGAAAAAGACUGGUGAUGAGCAUGACUCUGAACCUGAUUCCCUCAAAAUUAAUGAAGUCUUGAGCAAGAAGCGCUCCAUUAUCGGCAGAAAAGCCGCGAGGUCGCUCAGAUUGUUUAGAAGUGGCAGCAAUGAUUCAAGUGCUGCAAUUGAGGCCCAGUAUACCGAAACUCCAGAAGAGCUUUGUAUUCAUAAUUCUGGGAACAACGAUGUCGGAGAAUAUAGCGGUAGCGGUGAAAGUGAAGUGUUUUUAACAGAUUCGGAUGAAAAUGAAGAUAAUAGCGAGUAUUCAGGAACCAGAUCUAAAUUUUUACCUUUCAUUAAAACUGAAGGCAGAGUCGAAAAUGAGAAAAGAAUUAAUGACAACAAUGAAACACUUGAAAUAAAUCGUUUCCACGACACUUUAAAUUUUGAUGAAUUUGAAAAGAAAAUAGAUCAGCAAAAAGAGUUAGAAGAGGAAGAAAGAGAGGAUGAGUAUGAAGAUCUUGAUAGCGAGUCGGCAGAUGAAUUUGUUGAUGAUGAUGACCCAGUGUCAAGAGCUCUCAAUGAUUUGUAUAUAAGAACCAAAAAUACAUCAACUCAAUUUAUCAAGCCUGUUAGUUCUGCUACAUAUUUUCCUCAUGAGCCAGGUAAAAGUGAACGCUUAACUGCCGAGAAGGAGUAUGAUAUACCGAAGAAAAAUGAAGAUCACAUAUCAGGAACAACAAAAAUUGAAGCCAAAAAUCAUAAUAUCUUGAACUCUUUGCCAGCCUCACCAACUAAAAUUCUUCACAAAAUAUCACAACACAUUCGAACCCCAAAAUUAACAAUCAAAAGCAGUGCCGAAGUUUCUGAUGAAAAUUGCACCAGCGCUGUUAAUAGAGAAAAAGAAGGAGAAAAAGACAGAGCUAAAGAAUUGAACGAGACUGAUAAAAUGGAGAAUUUUCCUUUGAAGGUUGAACUUACACCUUUUGUCAACAAAGUUGGUGGGCAUACUGCGAUUUUUCGAUUCAGUCAUCGCGCGGUGUGUAAGGCAUUAGUUAACCGUGAAAAUAAUUGGUACGAAAACAUUGAGAUUCGACAUCCAGAGCUUCUUAAAUUCAUGCCAAAAUAUAUAGGUGUCCUUAAUGUCCGUUACAAGAGCUUGGUGACUGAUAAUGAUAUUGAUUUGUCUCGUAUCACCAAAAAGAAACCCAAUAAGAAAGCCGACAAGGCCAUGAUUAACUUUUUGCCCCCAGAAGUUGUUCUCGAUGAUAACACUCAUAUUAUCCCGAGAUCUUUAUGGAAUACGUAUUCAAUUAACUUGGAGCUGGAAGAUAGAGAAAAGGCGAAAAUGGAAUCUAGAUUAUCUGGAAAACCAUCUUUGCCUUCAAACGAAGCGGGAAGAAAGUGUAUUGGUGCUACAACAGUCAAUCGAAAACUUCAAGAACUUGUGAUCAAAGAGGUAUUUGCUCCAAUCGAAGAACAUGCUAGAAGUGUGAGAAACAAACAGAAGCAACAGCAACAGCAUAACCGUCAACAUGCUAAACAUAAGAAAUUUGCGGAUUUUAAUAAAGUUCAAGAUACAAAAAGUGUGGUGAGUACUACAGAUGACGACUCUCACUUAUAUUUGCAAAGACCAGAGCCAGGUGCUAAAGCUAAUAGACGUCGUCAUAGAUUCAGCACACCGUCGUCUGAUGCGAAACCUUUGUUUGAGGAUGAUGGGAACGGCUCUAAUUUAAGUUCAUCUUUGGAAAGACAGAGCUUGUCAUUGCAAGGCAGUGAAAUUAGUGAAUUUCAAAGUGAAGCUAAGGAAUUUAGAGAAGAUGAAAAACCUAGUGAAAGUGAGAAAUGUGGGGAGUUAGAAAAAGGUCAUUCAUCAUUACUUGAUUUAUCUAGCAUGAACAACGAAGAGUCAACAAAGAAUUUCCCAUCUCGCGAACAAAUUAUUAAUGCAAUGAAGGUGAUGAAAGACUUAAAAGAUGAUAGUAGACCCAAGAAAUCAUCCUUUCAACUCGAUGGUGAUUCUGAAGAGGAAGAAGAAGGAAACAAAGAAAAAAAAGAAAUGGCUAAAGAUACCACUGACGCAAAAAUUAUGCAUACACGUUCUAAUGCAGUUUUUGAUGACGAGAGAAAUGUGCAUGAUUAUUCAAGAGACCUCCAAAAAGAAAAAGAAACAGCAGUUAAAGCAGAUCAUUCAGCAGAGUCUAAACCUAUAAAAUCCAAUACUGUGGAUAUAUCCAGUCGUCAAAUGGUUUCAAAGAUUGAGAAAUUUAUUUUAUUGGAAGAUUUGACCAUUGGAAUGCAAAAGCCCUGUGUUCUAGAUCUAAAGAUGGGAACCAGACAAUACGGUAUCGAAGCAACAGAAAAGAAGCGCCAGUCACAACGUAAAAAAUGCGCAAGCACCACAUCAUUGUCACUCGGGGUUAGAAUGUGUGGAAUGCAAGUUUGGGAUAUAUCGACUGAUGGAUAUAUUGCGAGAGAUAAAUAUUUUGGGCGCUCUUUGAAGAAUGGAUCACAGUUUGCUAAAUGUUUGACAAGGUUUCUUUAUAAUGGCCGUGAUGCAUUAUGCGUGGUCAAGAAUAUUCCAGUUUUGAUUGAUAAACUUCUAGAAUUACAAGAGAUCUUCAUAAAAUUGGAAGGUUACCGAAUGUACGGAUCUUCAUUGUUGUUAAUGUACGAUGGGAUUUUUCGCGAAGACGAUGGCUUAGUGCCUAAUUUGAUUGUUAGAAUCAUUGAUUUUGCCCAGUGUGUUACUACCGAAGAUAGGCUACCAUCUACUGCUACAUUUCCACCCAAAUUGCCCACAGAAUAUGACCAUGGAUAUGUUAGGGGAUUAAGAUCACUUAUUUUUUACAUCAAGGCCAUUUUUUAUAAAAUUACUGACGGCGUUCCGUAUGAGCUGUUUGCAAAAUUCAGAGAUGAUAUGAGAAGUCAAGAAAGCUGCAUUGAUAAUAAAGCAGAGUUUUUACACAGUGUGAUGUUGACUUGGUUGAAUAAACAUCCUGAAAUGUACAGGAAACUAAAGCAGCGUGUUCUGUGGGUUGACGAGUUUUAUGAUGAAACAAGUAAUUGGACACAGGAUGGAGCAUUAGAUGGCCUCUUAAGUUAUGAUGAAAAUAACGAGAUCAUUUCUGAUUAA